ACCACAAAUGCGGUAAGACUGGAAGAAAAAAAUUAGUUUUUCUUUUCUUUUUUUUUUUUCUUUCUUUCUUUCUUUCUUUUCUGUGGAAAAAACUGAUGGUUAGGUUGAAUCUAUUAUCGGUAGAGGUUAAUAAGCCUGACCUAUGGAAUGAUUCUGUACAUGCUGGGAAAAUAAGCAGGGAGCAUGGUGCACUUAUGGGUAAAAUGAAAGAAGUGAAGGCAUUUGAGCAAGAAUUGCUUGAGCAUAUAGAAAUGAUAAAGCUUGCAAGGGAAGAGAAUGACUCUGAGUUGGAAUUGGAAUCUGUGAAAGCUUUGGUAAGCAUGAGAAGAGAUUCCAAAGUGAAGGAGAUUGAAGCUUUGUUAGCUGGGGAAAAUGAUUCUUGCUCUUGUUACAUAGAGGUGAGUUUGAUAUACUGUUUUGAUUUCUUUGAGUGCAUUGACCUCUUUGUCUAAUCUACAGAGACAGAACUGCUGCUUAAUUUAGUGUUUUCUUUAUCUGCCAUGCCACUGUUUCUAUUAACAGCAAAAUCUGCUUAUAUCAAAUAGAGUGUGUACAAUUUUUUUGUUUUCACAAACAUUCAUAAAUUCUUCUUCUAUCCUCAGUGGAGAAUGGACCUUCAGAAUUAUCUCAUCUCUGCCAACUUCUAAUAAAAGACCAAAAUAUUA